AUGUCCUCCAUCCUCUCUGUCCUCACAACCAAGCUCGGGGAGUACAUGCUCUCCCUUCCCGACAGCGCCACCGAAUACGAAGAUUACGAGGCCUGGGCGCAGGGGUUUGCCAAACAAGUGGCUGUAUUCGAUCGUUCGGCGCGUGGGCAGGAUGUCGCCGAGGCUGAGAGUGGCCUCGCCCAUGUUGCCACCAACGACUGGCUUGCCUGGGGGUCGCGCAUCUUGCCGCAGCAUGCGGCGCGCUUUGCAGCGCAGAAACAGCAACAGGCGGCCGAAGAACAGGCCCUGGCAGAGGAGGCUGCGCGGGUCGCUGUCGCCGAACAUGAGGCUGAGGAAGCCGAGGCGAUGCGGGCUGCCGCUGCCCAUCAGUUGGCCAAAGCAGAUCGUCAGCGGCGCCGGGAGGCUUUGGUGGAGGCCAUGUUCAACGGGUUGCUUGAUCCUGAACAAGGUGAUCGUCAGCUGUCCGAGCUGGAGGCAGAGUCCGUCCUUCCCCUUCCUCUCUUUCUUCACUCUCCUUCUCCCUCCGCCGCCGCUUCCUCUUCUCGUCCUGUCCUGUCCGCCGACUCAUCCCAUCCCGACCCGUCCGCCGACUCGUCCUAUCCUGACCCGUCCGCCGCUGACUCUGCGCUUGCAUCCGCAACCGAUGCCCUGGACCGAAUGAGCGUGGGUCUGGCCGCCGCCGCUGCCCCGACCGACGCGAAGGGCAAAAAGACGGCCGCGGCUGUUGUCGUCGAAUUCGCUCACCAACGGACGCCACCUCUCGGACGCGUCGUCCUUCCUCUCGGCCCUGGAACGGGCCGAAUGUCAAUGGUCAGGUCCCCUGUGGAGCGGAAUGGUGCCGGUAAAGUGCUCGAAGAUCCUCCAGAGUUGUUACCUGGUGAUGUACUGGCCGACUACGCGUGCCACCGCUGUGCGACCGCCUUCCAGACCAAGGCAUUCCGGUACUACCAGCGACCUGGGCUGGUGUUGUGCACUAAGUGUGCCAGGGAUUUGAAGGGGUGUAGCUUCCAGCCCGGGUGGAUGCCGAUGGAGAAGGGGAAGGGGAAGUCGAAGGAGAAGGGGAAGGGGAAGUCGAAGGAGCAGUCGGCGCCGAAGGCGGAGGAGAGGGAACGCCCCUUAAAGCGUCGUAAAGUAGAGGUGGUUGUCCCCGUGCGGUCAGUCGGGGAUAGCAUCGCCCAAACAAAAGCUGCUCGCACCCGAAAGCCGGUCCAGUGGCUUCCUACCACGGCUAGGGCCGUCCUCGCUCUUACCCGCCCUUCCCACGCUCGUUCGGCUGCCUUUCCCACUCCUACCGACUCUUCUCGCCUCUCGCCCAUCGUCGCCCAAGGCAUCGCGUCUGAGCUUCGGUACCGCAUCGCGGUGGCUGAGGGUAUGCGUGCUUCGCUGGCGCGCUCAGUCGCGAUGUGGCAGGCUGAGCUAGAGUCACUCGAGGUGCGGGCGGGUCCAUCCACGUCCCCCGACGUUGUCUUGGUUGGGGACUCGUCGGAGGCAGACGAUUCGGGAAUGUCGGUGUCGGACGACUUUCUUCCCGAUGAGUAG